ACUCGCAAUUUAGUCACAAAUUAAAAGUCAUUUGUGGCUUUAAGUUUGUAAAAGAAUUUAAAGUAAAAGCUAGUUUUAAACAUAGGUUCAUCUCAUGAAGCUACAUUUGGCCGACGUUUGUUUCGUUCCAUUGGGUAGAAUGGGAACAUUCUUCCGUCAUGUUUUUACAGUAAGUAAGCUUGACUGAUCACUGUUAGAUUUCAAAAGAAGUGAGUGAGUUACAUGAGAAAUUUGUGUGCAGCCAGUCCGGUUGUGUGCAUCUCUUCCUCCGUGGCUAAUAAGGAUCAGAGUGUCUGCUGGCUGAUAAGCGGCACAGUCCUGCUGAUGCUGCCCCCAAACACCCUCAUAACCCCACCAUCACUGUGGACCACAUGAACUGAUAACGGCUUUAAAGAAGCGUCCAGAAAAUAGGCCGGUCCCGACUCCUCCUUGGCCCGUCCUCACUAGCUGCCGUGCGUUGCUUCAAAGACGAAGAAGAUCGGAGGGAGAACUAAAGCCGAGAGGAGAGCACAAUAAGGAGCAAAAAAGGGGUCUCAGGUCGACGGAGGACCAUGUUUGUCCCCCUGCCGGUGCCCUUCGUCUUUCAGAGAACCGCAUCCGACUUCAGCGCCUGGAGACUCAAGUCGUCGCUGGCUCCGCGGUCCAGCCCCGAUAUCAGGAUGUCCAAAGCAGAGGAGGAGAAAGCCGGGCCGGACUAUCCCGGUGACGGCUCAGACUCAGACAGAAACAGUCCAGACGAGCAGUUUCAGCCGAUGGAAAGCAGCCCGUUCAGCCUCUUGCCCACACCAACCAGCAAGGUGAAGGCGGAAGAGAGUUGUGAAAUGACCCGCAGCACCGUGCCGCCAUCUUCUCAGCAGCAGCAGCAGCAGCAGGCACAAGCGCAGGCGCAGCACCACCACACGCAGCUGAUGCUGGCCGGCAGUCAGCUGGCGGGGCUGGCCGCACUCCUGCCGGCCCAGCAACAGCUGCUCCUGCAGCAGGCCCAAGCUCAGCUUCUGGCCGCUGCUGUCCAGCAGACCAACGCCGCUCACGCCGCCGCCCAGCAGCACCACCACCACCAACAACAACAACAGCAGCAGCAGCAACAGCAGAGCCAAACAUCUCAGCAGCAGCAGCAGCAGCAGCAAGCCGUCAAACAAGAAAUGACUGUCCAAGCUCCUCCUCCACCGCCUCAGCUGGCCCUCUCUCAGCCAAUCCAGCUCACGGCGCAGGACAUCCAGCAGCUGCUCCAACUCCAGCAGCUGGUUCUCAUGCCGGGGCACCCGCUUCAGUCCCCGGCCCAGUUCCUCCUGUCGCAGCCACCUUCCCAGACUCAGCAACAGCAGCAACAAGCUUUGCUCUCCACACCAAAUCUUAUCCAGCUACCUCAGCAAAGCACGGCGGGGCUGUUGACGACGACGCCCCGUCUGGGCCUCCAAUCGCAGAGGGAGAAGAGCAGCGAUGCGAGUGGACGCAUCACCGCCCCGACCGCGUCCACGGGCGUCAGCGGCAUGAGCGCAGGGGCGGCCUUAACUGCAGUGGGGUCCUCAUCGGGCUCGGGUGGCGCCAUGGCGGCCUCCCUGAACUCAGCCUUGACGGCCGGGGGCCACGUUGGCCACCUGGGAGAGGAGCCCAGCGACCUGGAGGAGCUGGAACAAUUUGCUCGCACGUUCAAGCAGCGCCGCAUCAAGCUGGGAUUCACACAGGGCGACGUGGGCGUCGCCAUGGGCAAACUGUACGGCAACGACUUCAGCCAGACCACCAUCUCGCGUUUUGAGGCCCUCAACCUGAGCUUCAAGAACAUGUGCAAGCUCAAGCCUCUGCUUGAGAAGUGGCUCGGGGAUGCAGAGACCAUGGCAGUGGACAGCAUGCUGCCCAGCCCCUCUUCCAUCUCCUCCCCACUGCUGGGCUUGGAGGGUCUAGCAGGCCGACGCCGGAAGAAGCGCACCAGCAUCGAGACCAAUGUGCGCGUCGCACUCGAGCGCAACUUCAGCGCGAACCAGAAGCCUACCUCGGAGGAGAUCCUGCUGAUGGCCGAGCAGCUCAACAUGGAGAAGGAGGUGAUCCGCGUGUGGUUCUGCAACCGGCGGCAGAAGGAGAAGCGUAUCAACCCAGCCAGCAGCAGCACGCCGCCGCUGCCCGGCCAGACCUCGCCCGCUGUCACGCACAAAGCCCCCUGCUGUAGCCCGCACAUGCAGAUAUCCAGUCCAGGCGUGUCUCAGGGCAGCAGCAGCCUCAGCACAACAGCUGCCACUUUGUCACCAUCGCCCGUGACCUCCGUGGCAGCAGGGUCCACUUCCUCUUCUUUGACUCCACCCCCUCAUAGCACAGCCAGCCCCGCCCCUCCGGGUCUAGGGGCUCACGGCCUCAAUACUGGGAACACGAUGAUGGGAGUAAGCACAGGGAUGAACCAGGCGCUCAUGGGCAGCAAUCCGCUGGCUACCAUGCAAGCACUGGCAGCAAGCGGUGGUCAGCUGUCAAUCAUGGAGGCAGGUGCGGGUCACAUGAUUCUGAGCGGCGGCCCUGGUGGGUUACCCGCCUCAAUGCGCCCCUCGCUCUUCCUCAACCGCCCGACCCUCCUGCCCAUGGCAACGGGCUCUAUCUCCAUGGCAACGGCAUCCCCACCCACCAUGGGGCUGGUGAGCGGCCCAGCGGGGGGAGCCCCCCGGCUCGCCUUCGCCCAGUCGCCGCCCGCCAGCGCGGCCCACCUCCUGGGCCCGCCUUCGUGCCCCGAUGACUCACCCUGUUCCAGCCCCGCCUCGUUCUGUUCCUUCAGCGAAGCCUCGCCUCCACCCCUGGGCGGGGCUAUGGCUGAGUGACAACCUAUCAGAGAAAAAGGGGGCGGGGACAGCAAGCUUUAAAAGCGUCGCUUUUCAACCAAAGCCAUCUCUCGACCUCGCCAACGUCCUCCCAAACCCCAAAAAUGUACACAGAGGACGAAGCGGGAUGGCGAGGUGGCAGAGAAUAGGAAGAGGCGACUCGAAACCAAAAAAA